AUGUUGAAUAUACGUAGGUAUCAGCGGCUGUUUACUGUAGAGAACAAAAGCAGAUACAAAAAGCUAUCGAGCCACAUGUUAUUGUUGUUGCUACUUGUUAUAUCUAUCUUGACAACUUCUGAAAGAGGAGAGCUCUGCCUUUUAGAAUUACGGGAGGGGUAUCAGUUGGACUCCACGACACUUGAUCCAAAUUUUGUACGAGAUCUUGGGGUUUUGGACUUGAAGGUUUUUGAUUGUUAUCACGAAAUAGCUGACGAGCUCCAGGCUCAUCCCGAACUUGAAAAGAGUUUAAAAGAGCAAUACUUACAACAUCUUCGAAGCCAAGCUGCUGUCAAUAAAGUUUAUUGUGACGACUUUUUCGAUACAACAACUCUCCUUUAUCAUAUUAAUGACCAAACAGAGGACGCAGAACCACUAGAUCAUCUUCACCUUAUAAACAUCUUUCGAUCUGAUAACCUUACGUUAAUUCAUCCUGAUGUCACCGGCCGACGAAUUAAGCUUUCGUUUCUGAACUCAGGGAUUUCUAGGACAUGCACCCAACUAACUCUCAACGAAGAAUAUUCCAUAAACUGUGGCGGCUUUAAUGCAUCUCUCUUUACUGAGGAUGCACCCGGGACAAUUGCGUUAACCCUUGCUGCAGCCCACAUGUCUGGAGGCACCAGUGGGGUAGCGAGAAACGCUCAGGUCAUUGAGAGAACGGUGUUCAGACCUAAACUGGUUGAUUCGGAGACAUCUUCUGGGAUGGUUGCUAGCUCAGAGUACGAAGCAUCGUUUAUUGAUGUCUUGGAAGGAUAUAGCAUAAAGGGCGCAUCAUCCCGCUUCAUGAACCUAUUAGUUUGUAUGUAUGAGAUUCCAUUCGCUGCUCAUCUAAGGGCUAAGAACUCUCUCUUGGAGUCUUUGGUUCCUCUUCUCAGAGAUGUAAUGGCAGCAUCAGAUGUUAAAGACUCUUGCAACGGCGAUUUCAUCCCUAUUUUUAGUACAGGUGUAGGCGAAGAAGACGUCAAUCUGUUAAAUUAUUUGCAAUCCUCCGUAGCUGUGUAUGUACAAAGCGUCAUCCAGCAAUCUCAUGGAGAGGCUAACACAGUACUCACUGUCACCUAUCCUAGCUCCAGAAUCGGAGCGAAUAUCCUAUUCAGCACCCCGUCUGGAACAGAAGACGCGCCAUUGGUCGCCUUUGGAUUUGAUGACGUUGUUGCCCCCGUCGCAUAUGGGCCUGGGUCCGCCCUAUCUAUUGGAGCAGCUGCACUUGCACUAGUGGCCGAUGCGUUUGCAGCUCUAGGGUAUCAGAUGAGCUUUUCUGAUUUGCUUAACGUGAUCGCCGAGACAGGGAGACACACAGAGCUAGGGCUUAACUCAUCAUACCUCGGCGACGCAAACGACUGGAAAAGAAACGCUGCUGGAUACCUCUUCUCGAAUACAUACGGGUUUGGACUGGUGGAUGUGAAUGCCUCCCUCUCUUAUGUUAAGGCGCUUCGUCACAUAUAUGGUUCAGAAAAAGACUACAUGAGCCGUCAGGCUUGGGAAGAGCGAUGUGGUAACUCUUGUAAGAAAUUCCUGGGCUGCACAGGGGUGAUUAUUGAUGAUGGUGGGGAGUGUGCGGAAAAGUGUGGAGUCCAUCGAAUAGCAAUCGAUCGUUACAUCCCUGAUCGGAUCACCCUCCAGAAGAAGCUAUCUGUCGUGCAAAAUAAGCGCAUAGAGAAAAUAGGACUCCGAGUUGUUGCUUCAAACGGGUCGAAUCUAAAGGAGCUGAGUAUACUGGUGCAAUCGCCAGAGGGAACCAGAGGCACGAUGAUCCAGCCAGAUUCUGUGACGACAGAAGAUAUUGAGGGUGUGUUUUUCUACUCCUACCUGUUCUACGGAGAGAACUCCGUUGGAGACUGGACUAUUAACAUCCUUGACGUAGGAUACCAUCAGUCCAUCUUCAUCGAGUACAUUGACAUAGUGAUCUUUGGGAUCGAGUCUCACCUUACUAUUGCAUGGCCUAGUAGCAUUGCCUUUAGAACGAAUCCAGAAGAAAACGCAGAGACCGUUAUGGAGAGGAUGAUGCGUACGCUUGGCUACAAGCGGCGCACAGCUUCUUCUUCAAACACUCUGUACUACACUUGCACAGUGCAUCCUGUCACAAAAAGGUAUACCCUGUUUUAUCUGAGUGGAACGCAGACUGCUUGGAGAAGCGCACCUCAAACUCCUGUUACGAUUGCCACAGAUAUACAGUUCAGUUGUACAGGCCCGAAGGUUAACGGAAAAGAGUUUGGUUUGACGCUAACAGGGCUAGUCGAACAGGAAGCAUUCAGCGGCCAAGGGAGGCUUCUCUUUGUCCCGUCUGGGAUUACGGAGCUCGACCGUACCACACUUCGCGAAGAUGUGUUUGUCUCAAACAGCAUCAGGGUCACAUAUUCACCAGAAGAGGACGGGGGUUUGCCUGAUGAAGAAGGCGACGUGUCCUCUGAGGCUCGAUACAGACCCCGCUUGCUAGCUGCUACUGUGACAGGCCUAUGUGUGCUAGCUGCCGCCUUUCUUGGGGGAGCAUUCAAGGAGUAG